CUGGUGAGCCUGCUGCUGAUUGGAAUUGCGGCAUGGGGAAUCGGCUUCGGCCUCAUCUCUAGUUUCAGAGUUGUCGGAGUGGCAAUUGCAGUAGGAAUCUUCCUUUUCCUCAUUGCCUUAGUCGGAUUGAUUGGUGCAGUGAAACAUCAUCAAGUGUUGCUAUUUUUUUACAUGAUUAUUCUUUUGCUGGUCUUUAUUGUCCAGUUUUCUGUCUCCUGUGCCUGUUUGGCACUAAACAAGGAACAGCAGAGUCAACUUCUAGAAGUGGGAUGGAAUAACACUAACAGUGCGAGAACAGAUAUUGAGAGAAAUCUGAAUUGUUGUGGAUUCAGAGUUUUUGAUCCGAACGAAACCUGUUCCUCUGAUUGUUUUAGAAGUCACCGGUGUCAACCAUGUGCACCAAUAAUAGAGGAAUAUUCUGGAAUGGUACUGAGCUUUGUUGGAGGCAUAGGACUCUUCUUCAGUUUCACAGAGAUUCUGGGAGUCUGGCUGACAUAUAGAUACAGGAACCAGAAGGAUCCUCGUGCAAAUCCUAGUGCAUUUCUUUAAUAACUUCAUAAAGGACUGAAUCUUCUCUCUGUACCCUCUACUUCAAAAUACUGAUUCUCCUUAAUAGGGAUGAUGCAUGUACCCAAAAUAAAAGUUUAAUUUCCUUCAGAAAUCUGUAAUUUUCAUAUUUAAUUUUGCACUGUUUUUCUUCUAAGACUCUCUAUCUUGAAGUAGACUGGUGCAUUCAGGAGGUAGGCAGAGUCAGACUGCUGCUCGGAGCUGGUUAA